CAAAGAGUCGGUUCAAAGAGUCGAGUCAGUUUUCCGAAAGUGAAAGUGUUUCUCAUCCUCGACUCCAUUUUAAUGAGCGGUUAGAAAAACACAAAGAUCUUUAACAGCAGUCAGAAGCGGUGAGAUUCAUGUCCAACAUCAAGCAGUGGUGAAGAAAAGUGGGAAUGUGAUUGAUUCCAGCAGAAGAGAUCGACGUCUUCAGGACUCUGCGUGUACACGAGCAUUGAAAAAUGGAGAUCCCUGAUCAGGGCACAGAUCAUGUGACCUCACCCUCAAAAGACUGUAAACUACAGAGAGAUAAAUCACACUCACCAGUGCCAAGCUUUGUCUCCAUGAAGAGUGAUGAGUCUAUGGAUAUUCCUCAGAGCUUUAGCACUGGAAUCUCCUCACCUGGACACAGUAUCAGAUGCAGUGAAAUUACAGGGAGAAGUGGAGAAGCUCUGACCUCAGUGCUUAAAUCAGAAACCUCCAGUCUGAGACAACUGCAUCUGACGGUCAAUACACUGGAUCUGUCUGGGAAUAAUCUAGAAGACUCAGGAGUGAAGCGUCUCUCUGCUCUACUGGAGAAUCCUGAGUGUAAAGUGAAAGAUCUGAGGUUGUAUGAUUGUGGAGUAUCAGAUGAAGGCUGUGCUGCUCUCGCUUCAGCUCUGAGAUCAAACCCCUCACCCCUGAGAGAUCUGGAUCUGUCUCUAAAUAAAGUAGGAGACUCAGGAGUGAAGUGUCUCUCUGCUGUACUGGAGAAUCCUCACUGUAAACUGGAGAUACUGAGGUUGGCAUAUUGUGUUGUCUCAGAGGAAGGCUGUGCUGCUCUCGCUUCAGCUCUGAGAUCAAACCCCUCACACCUGAGAAAACUGAAUCUGUCUGGGAAUAAAGUAGGAGACUCAGGAGUGAAGUGUCUCUCUGAUCUGAAGGAUGAUGAACGUUACAGACUACAGACACUGAUAUUUUAAUGGUGAUGAACAAUUGUGUGUGAAGACUCCAGUGUUCCUGCAUUUCCGUGU